GCACCGGGCGAGAUUAUGUGCUUGCUCUGUGCUUCUGACUGCAGCGAGUCUUUGUUCUCUCUUUCCAGCGACCAGUUCGUCCUGGAGGAGGAGGGCUACGCGCGCAUCGUCGGCCGCAUCAAGGAGCUCGUCAUUCGCGGCGGCGAGAACAUCGCCCCCAAGGAGGUGGAGGACGCGCUGGCCGCGCACCCCGCAGUCCUGGAGGCGGCGGUAUACGGGGUUCCGGAUGAGAGGAUGGGCGAGGAGCUGGCCGCCGCGAUACGACUGCGAGACCCGAGCGUGUCACUGACGCACGAGGAGAUGAAAGGAUUCCUCAAGGGAAAGAUUGCUCAUUUCAAAGUCCCAAAAUACAUGGAUGUGAUGCCGGACUUCCCUAAGAACCCCUCGGGCAAAGUACAAAAGUUUAAGCUGAGAGAUGCGUUUGUAAAGAAAUUGUCUGAGUCAAAAUAAGACAUAUUGUAAGAAAAUCCAUUCAAGAACCCAUGACUAACAGACUGCUGUUCUGAUUUUUCUUUCACAAAUGUUGUGAUAUUAGUAUUAUUUUACUAUGCUAUCCCAUCUUGUUUGUAUGCAUGUGUGGGUGUAUGUGAGCGUGACUCAGUAUGUGCGUGAAAGGAGAAUAAUUGUGUAAUGAAAGAGGACCUGUAAGUAUUUUUAACUAUUAACUGUCAAUAAGAAAAAUGACAUUUCAUUUUUACGUAAGGAAAUUGACCAUUUUGUUUGAUUGUCACUAAAACUGACAUUUAUAUUUUAUAUUUUUGAAAAAACAUUUUGUUUGUGAUUUAUAAGGUAAUAACUUAAUAAAGAAAAUUUAUUUUAAGUAAUAAAACUA